CUUGUCCAGUGCAGAAAGAAAAAAAAAAAAUUGUUUCUCUCAGAUAUUUCUAUCUCAUUCUCCUCUCUGUUCUGCUGAUUUUCUGAAUAAAGAAGCGAAAAAAAAUCUUUUAAAGGGAAUGCAGAGAGAUGGUUGGAGUAUCGCAGGUGAAGACUAAGCUCUGUGAUCGGUUUAACCGAUCUGUCGGCGGUAGGAAUUGCCACCGGAAACACGUCGGACGGGUGAUCCAGUGACAAAAACUAUGGUCGGAGCUAAACGGGUGGAGAAUGGAUCUGACGGUUUGGCAAGUACGGGGUUGCUUCACGGCCGUUACGAGCUAGGUCGACUUCUAGGUCACGGAACGUUCGCGAAAGUGUACCACGCACGUAACGUAACCACAGGGAAAAGCGUUGCCCUAAAAGUCGUGGCCAAAGAGAAAGUGCUAAAGGCUGGUAUGGUGGAGCAGAUCAAGCGAGAGAUCUCGGUUAUGAAGAUGGUGAAGCACCCCAACAUCGUCGAGCUCCACGAGGUCAUGGCGAGCAAAACCAAGAUCUACUUCGCCAUGGAGCUCGUGCGAGGCGGCGAGCUGUUCGCCAAAGUCGCCAGAGGAAGGCUGCGGGAGGAAGAGGCGCGCGUGUAUUUCAAACAGCUGAUCUCCGCGGUUGAUUUCUGCCACAGCCGCGGGGUUUACCACCGCGAUCUCAAGCCGGAGAAUCUGUUGCUUGACGAAGAAGGCAACCUUAAAAUAACUGAUUUUGGUCUCUCUGCUUUGGCCGAGCAUUUGAGGCAAGACGGGCUUCUCCACACGACUUGUGGGACUCCGGCGUACGUCGCGCCGGAGGUUAUAUCGAAGAAAGGGUACGACGGAGCUAAGGCGGAUCUGUGGUCUUGUGGAGUUAUCCUCUUUGUGCUUCUUGCAGGCUACUUACCGUUUCGAGAUGAUAAUCUUGUGAACAUGUAUAAGAAGAUUCACAGAGGAGACUUCAAGUGCCCUGGUUGGCUCUCUUCCGAUGCGAGACGGCUCGUGACGAAGCUUAUGGAUCCGAAUCCGAAUACCCGGAUUAGUAUCGAUAAGGUUAUGGACUCACCUUGGUUCAAGAAAAGAUCCAAGGACGUGCCAAUAGUCACCACAGAAAGUGAGGUUCAAGAUCACAAGUCCAAGGAAGAGAAUGAGACGCUAAACGCCUUUCACAUAAUCGCGUUAUCCGAAGGGUUCGAUCUCUCGCCCUUGUUCGAGGAGAAGAAGAGAGAGGAGAAGAGAGAGAUGAGGUUCGUGACUUCUCGGCCGGCGAGCAGUGUGAUAACGAGUCUUGAAGAAGCGGCGAGAGUUGGGGAUAGGUUUGAUGUGAGGAAGAGUGAGAGUAGAGUGAGGAUGGAAGGGAAGCUGAAUGGUAGGAAAGGGAAGCUGGCGGUGGAGGCGGAGAUAUUCGCGGUGGCUCCGUCGUUUGUGGUUGUGGAGGUGAAGAAAGAUCAUGGGGACACUCUUGAGUACAAUAACUUUUGUAGUACGGCUCUUAGACCAGCUCUCAAGGACAUUUUCUGGACUUCUACACCUGCUUAGUUAAUAUUUAUCAGCAAUUUUGCUAAAUCUUGUGUGUUUUUAGUUCCUGUCUGAAAAAAUAUUGUUGGAUUCUAUGUGAUUCUCAAUGGGUAUCGUUUGAGUCUUUUCAUCAUCUGUGUGAUCAAAGCAGAGUGUGUUCGUGUGGUUUAA